UGUUGCACACGACACAACUGUAACAUGAUCUAUAUAUACGCGAUUUCAACAAUCGAAGUACAGUGUUCCAUAACGGCUGUGCAUGACUUAAUUUAACUACGUGAGGGUUACGUGAGUGACUGACAGUUUUGCAAAGGAACUUGUUUAAUAAAGAAAAAAAAAUGAUCUGAAGACAGUGUAAACAACGCAAAUUGCUAUGGCGGGAAACUUAGAAAACCAUGCUGACAUAUUGAAUGACGACAUGUGUCGUCGUGCCCUAAACAGGGCCCACUCGGAUAUCGUUGCUAAGAUGGAUCCCGAUGUGGUUUUUUAUAGAAUGAAGAACUGUGGAAUGCUCUCACAAAAUGAAUAUGAUGACUUAAUGAAUUUCAUGACACCUAAAAUGAAGAUUCGAACGCUUGUCAGUAAAAUAAGCCAACAAGACAAAAAGGCGUACUUUGAUUUCAAGAAAUGUCUCAGUGAUACUAAACAUGAAGACUUGGUCAAAAAGCUAGAGGAAAAGGAGAAAGAGCUGAUAACGGAAAAUAAAAGAUUACGUUUGUUAAAAGAUGGACGACAGCGUGAGCCGCAAACUGCCAGAUGUGAACCCGAGGAAAAUUCGUUCCCGCACGAUGGAAGACUUGUUCGAUUAACAAUGAAGAUGAUUGACGAGUUUAAACAAGAAAAUGUCAGUAAAAAACUAGAUGAUAACAUAGCCGGGAGUUAUGGAACGAUUUAUAUUUCCCAUAAAAAGGUUCCAUGGUUGGAUCGAAGAGCUGUGUUGAAAGAAAUCAAUGUAGCGGAAGCGCAAAAGACAAUAACGAUAGGAGCAGCUAGAAAUGAAAUUAUAGCGUCACGACUUAUGCACUUCGCUAUCGUUCCCCUCUUGGCCUUUCACAACGAUGGCAGUAAGUACUAUCUGUUAACGCCAUAUCUGGAGAACGGUGACCUGCAUGAGGCCAUCAAAGAUGACUUUAAAUGUAUGUCAGACAAAGACCUUACUAAGUUGAAAAUGAAUUGCGAUACAAGAGUUAAAGUAAUGUAUCACAUUGCGUCAGCUAUCGACUACAUGCAUUCUGGGAACACAUACAGGAGACGAAUAUUGCACCAGGAUAUUAAAUCAAAGAACAUAGUUCUUGACCAACACUUCAAUGCAAGGUUGAUUGAUUUUGGUAUGGCACGGGAAUUGAAAGAAAAUGAAACUUCAUUCAAGACCACAACCUCGGAAACGACCCGAACGACGCAAGACGAUUAUUGCCAAUUUGGAGAAGUGUUACUCGAGUUGAUAGUCAAUGAAGAUUAUACUGCUCAAAACAGACAACUUGCUAAAGAAUACAUAACUGAGGACCUUUUAUUGGAAAACAUUCAGGAAGACGUCUGGAACACCUCCGAUAUCAAAGACAUAGUGGGCAUCGCUCUAAAGUGUAUUAAACAUAUGCCUGUUGACCACUCGGACUCACCUGAGGGACUCGUUACGAAAUUCAAGUCCAAAGCGAGGAAAAGUUCGGCGCUGUGGAAUCCUGUCUGCGAUAAGAAAUGUGAAAUAUGUUUAGUGAAUGAUCAAUUAGAUGAAAGAGUCGAUUGUCAUGAUGUUGACUGCUUACCCCAACGAGAUUGCUCAGAAAAAAUCAAAAUAUGUUGCCCAUGUAUGAGAAACUCGUACAUCAAUCCAAUCAUAUGCCACACAUGUGGAUGGACUAUCAAACCAUUCAUUAACUCUGAUUUCGGUGCAAUUUUGGUCGCUGGCUAUGAAAAUCCCACAGAAAGUGUAUACAAAGAAGAUAUCAGAAAAUUCAAAGAAGUUGUAACGUCAAAAGUCCUACCUACAAUGUGUCUAAGCCCAGAAAAUGUGAUAGUUGUUGCAGAAACAGGCAAUGCAGAAAAUAACACAGCUAUUAAACAGUUAGAUGAAGCAUUUGAAAAUCUUGCCAAAAAGAAAAUAAAGACUUUGUUGUUUGUUUACUCUGGUCAUAAAAGCAAGACGCAAGGAUGUCGUAUUGGUAAAGAUGAAUUUUUCACAAUUGAUUACCUAGGAAAAUCAAUUGAAAAAGGUAAAGCACAAAAUGAAACAAUGAACAAAGUCAUAGUCUUUCUUGAUUGUUGUUAUCCAGAGUACGUGCAUCUGGAUCCAACUUUGUCUCUAAAGCUUAUGCAGUUAAAUGCUACUGGACAAAGCGAGGAAGCACACGCAUCCAUCAGCGGAAGUCAAUUUCUGAAAUAUGUUAUGCAGGCAUUCACCUCACGUGCUAACGGAGGAACAUGCAAGGAUCUUGACUGUAAAUGUGGUGAGCUGCUAAACGGCGAUUUUAUUACCCUUGAUGACUUACGCAGUUAUAUAAACACACAUAUCAAGAGCAAAAGCUUGACAGGCAUUUUGCUGCAUCAGCAAUUACACAACAUUAACGAAAAAGAUAUAAUUUUAUGUUUCAACUACAAACACCCCGUGAAAUUUGAAUUCACGCUGGCGUGGUUAGGUAGUUUGGAACUUACAGUCACUGCUUGCGUGUUUCCAGAGGAAUUCAAAGACGACUUCACUCAAUUGAAACAAUUGAAACAUGUGUUAACUUCCAAAUUUAUGGUUGCAGAACGCGUUUCGAGCAUUAGACCAAGCGACAAAGAUUGCGAUAUCAUCGCUGCUACAAUGUGUAUUGAAACCAAUACUGGACCAAAGGAAGGGGACGUCGAAGAGAUUAAUGACCUUACGGAAAUGUUGUUAGCGUGGAACUCAAAGCGACUGCUGCGAUUCAAACCACGUCUUGUAAGCAACAUCGAGGAGACCAAACCAGUAGGAUGGUGGUUUAGGAAUAACGACUCGGCCUUACAUCCAGGAAACAAAAUACACCUUUCGCAACAUACUGAAGUACUGAAACAAGAGCUACUGAAUAUACUGACAAACAAUAGACUAGUUAAAGAAGAUUUACGAAAAUAUCUCCAAACAGAGGUGCAUGUGUUGAUCGGAAAGGUUCAAAUGAACAAGAUGGACAUGACGGACGGAGGAUAAACGUGAAGUUUCCUCCGAUUUCCCUCUUCGACGAAAAAAUAAUAAUUAGAACUUGUGUACACAUCAAAAACAUAGUGACGGUUAUAUGCACAACCAAUAUUCAUAAGAGACCAAUCGCUUGUUUGCAGGAAUGUGUUUGGAAAUAAAGUUCUUGAAUCUCACUCCGGAUGUCAAGGUUUGUUAUUUCAAUUUGGUACCAACAGCCGGAAUACAGGAAACGAGUUGAAAAAAUGACAUAAAAUACAAAAGCGACGGUAAUGUGUUUUGUCGUCAAUACUUGGUCAAACACAUUGACAUGGAAAUGCAUCGGAAAAUUGUGUGCACGGUAUCGCGCAAAUACUUUGUGAAUAAAUCUAUAUCUCUAUAAUCAUGUAUUUUAUGACAAUUGUUCGUUUUGGAAAUGCAGUGCACUUGAUAUUAAGUCAUUCACAUGUAUGUUAAUGUAUUAGUGUUUCGCAAAUUGCGUUGGAAGUUAUCCAUAAAUAGAGGCUCCACAACUGCAUGCAUAUUAAUAUUUCUCAAGAUCUCUAACCUGAGUAAAGUUUCCUUGAAGUAUAUAUAAAUCAUGUGAACCCCGGGAUGUCAGUUUUGACCCAAGGGGCAAUAUUUGAGCUAUCUUUGAAGAGGCCUUAAAAUAAUUUAGGCCAACAAUGAAGCUAGUUUUCAUGUAUAUUCAAAUAUGUCCAUUUGGAUACUUAUAUACGUAUAGUGGUCUAUUGUACGUGUGAUCCACGGGGCCGUGGUCAGUGUAAUUUCCAAGAGAGUAUGGGUUGUUCAAUUAUGUAGAUUACUUUAGAUGUUAUGAACCACAUAUCAAAGUUGUGGGCUAAUUGUGUUCAGGAGAAAUAUUUUUAAAUUGUUUGGGUUUUUGAGGCAAAUAGAUUUUUUGAAAAGUAACAAAACUAAUAGUGUAAUGAAUGAAGUGAAACGCACUCGGUUGAAAAACAGGUUAUCGCUACAUACCUUGAUUAUUGAUUAUCAUGAAAAAUAAAAUUUCAAAGCAGGUGUUUGUAAUGUUGUAACCGUUUGGUAUUUCUUGUAUGAUGUUUAGUUAAUGAUAUUUAACGUAAUGUUUAAUAUGAUUUUUGGACAAGUCUUAUUAUCUUAACUCGAGUAUAUUUCUUCUUCAUUGACAUUUGACGAUAAAUGUCAUGUUUAUAUGGAGUUUAUCUGUGUAGGUAUAUUAUUCCAUGUAGAGGUAUUUUAGCCACCGCAUUGUCCGUCCGUUAUGGACGGCCAUGUGUGGCCAUUUGUUCAAUUUCUCAGCAACAAUUAAGUGUAAGUUAUUGAAACAGUGCUUACUUUUGUAUAACAAUUAACAGUAGAAAGAUGUUCCACUACAGAGUAAUGUGACGUCUUGUUCAAUUUUGAAAGAGAACAACAAUUCUAAACUUGGUCUCCUAAACACUCUCUCAGUCUCGGCCAUUGUAGUUUUGCAAAGUAAGUGUUAAGUAAAUUUUUGAAGAAAACUUUACAAAUAUUACAGGAAACCUCAGCCUAUACAUCUUCAUACUCAGCAAAAUGUUUGAUUGGAUUGAAGUUACCUUUUAUAUGCUGUAUUGCUGAGAGAAUAUUUCAUAUUCUCAGAACGGUCUUGUGCAGUGAUUAUCUACUAUUAUAUACAACUCGAAUAAUUAUACAAUGUUUGCAAUGUUGUGGUGCUGAUACUCAGCAAAUACUUGUCGUAAGUCGUUUAAAUGUUGGUAGCUUCGUUAAAAUUUAGACACAUGCGUAUUCCUUGGAUACUCUGCUUUUAACGCAUUCGGAAGUCACUGUUUGAAGGAAAUUUAAAAACCUUCAAAUAGAGCUUCAUUAUAGAGCGAAGUUUUGCAUAAUGCCCGAGCGGAUUAUGGUAGUGUUAAUUUAUAUAGGGAUCGAAAUACUUCAAUUGUGUCAUAUAAACCCCAUGGGGUAUGUAAAACGUUCAGUUUUGAAAAAAUGUAACUACAUUUAUGAUGAAGUACAAGUGCUACCUUAAUAAUAUUUGUAUUAUCCUAUAACUUCGAUAUUUAUCAUUUCCAUCGUUAUCGACAUAUCUUUGUAUUGUUGUUGUUUUUUGCGCACAGUUUAAAUGUCAUAUACUGUCCUUUAGUUUGAGCUUUUAAUCGAUUUUGUUAGUUCCUUUUCUCAUUACAUUUGCUUGGCGUAGUUUAUUGGGAAGCAUCCCAAAAUGUUGAACUGAUAAUCAUCCAUAGAAAUGUUCGUCUAUGAAUAUAUAUGUAUACAAUCGUGUAUACUGUAUUGCAUGUGUAUUCCGUAAUACGCAUAUUUAAAUGAAAGUUCAGAAGUAGUUUCUAUAAGGAUUCUUUAUGUAAAUAAGUCUUUAAAUUUUAUUAGAUUUUCUUUUUAUUAUUUACCAUGUACACAUAUUUUGCUAUUAAAUGAAUGUUAUUGAGUAGUUCAAAACAUCAAUAUAAUUGAUAUAAACCAGUAAAGAACGUUUCAGUUAGCAUAAAUGAUAAAGUAAAUAUGAAUUUGGAAUAGGUUUGAAACCUUUUUUUAAUUUAUACUUGCAUGUUAGUAACAUUUCCACAUUCUUGCAUUAAAACUUGAUUUGAAAAUACAAGUGUUUACAUGUUGAUAAAAUGAUCAUGUGCUUUGAAAAAUGUUCCAAUUUGAUUUAUUUAUGUUAUUUCUAUGUUUGUGUUUGGAGUUAGUACAAUAAAUACGGUUUUCGUCUGCAAUUAUUCUAUCUUUAACGAUGUAUUGGACAUGUAUAGUUACUCGUAGACAGAUUUAUAGUUUUUGUGGAUAUUAUUGCAUUAUUCGCAUGUGUGUGAUUUUUUUAUCAUUAUUCACACAUGUAAAUCUUAUUAUUCACAUUCUCUGUAAAGUCUGUAGCUCGAUUAUGCACCGAAAAGUCCGAGCUAUACUGUUAACUCAAAUGUUUGCGUCGGCAUAUGCUGUAUGCUCGGGAUAAGGUAAAUGUGACCUACAUGUGACCUCUUUUUGUACUGCGAACAUUGGUUCAGGUUUCCACGGCUUAUUUUCAGCUCAAGUUCUUCAACUGAAACUUCACACGUUGUGUUAGCGGUCAUUGGGUGAGAUCAGGUACUAAGAGCAAUCAACUCUGACCAGCAAUUAAGCAGACUUUGCCUUUUUUUAUAAUUAAAUAAAAUAGUCCAUACAAACACGUUACUUUUGUUUAUUAAUGAUUAUUUUUUUAUAAUGUUAAACAUGUUUCGGCCAUAGCUUUCAUCAGUAGUAUCAAUGUCGGGCAAACUAAUCAAAAUGUAUCCCGCAGAAUGAAAAGCGAUAGUUUGAUAUCAAAAACUGUACUCAUUUUGGAUCUACUCACAAUUAUUGCACUUUAUCUGAUUACUUUUUCGUACCUAUUGAUGUUGUUGAAACAAUAUAGACCGUUUAUGCAAAGGAUAAUUUUGGAUACUUAAAUUAAAAACUAUGAGUCUUAACGGUCCAAAUAAUACACUGCUAAUUACAAAUAGAGCAUAAGCAUAAUUCACAUAAUUAUACAAUAAUUAUACAUUUGAUGUUUGCCUAUUACAAUGUCUUUUUAUCCAUUUUAUAAUUAUAUUUUUUAAAGCGAUUACCGUUCAAUGCCUGUGUGCAACUACUUGAAAUAUUUUAAUCUGCAACUGAUAAAAUAAAACUUAACAUUUG